AUUGUAUUGAAAGUUGUCUAUAUUAGGAAUAAAAUUUAAAAUUUUGCGCUCAAAUCGUUUAUGUUGCUCAACAUUGUUAUCACGUUAUCAGCAGUGCAUUAAAUUGCAUUGGUUCAUAAAUAAAAUUUACAAUUCGAGUAAAAACAUGUUAUUGUAUUAUUUAUUUCGAUUACAAAAUUGAUCCAUUUAAAAACAUAUAAAUAUACGUAACGUGCAGUUAAUUUAUUUUUUCGUUGUUUUAACUGCCAAGUUAUAUGAUAUAAUAAAAUGUUGAAACAAAUUGUGAUAUUAGUUUGUUUCGUGGGUGGAUCUUUAGCGGUUUUACCUAAAAAUCACUUUGGUUUACGUUCUGCGUUAGCAUUGAAUCAAACUGAAGACAUUUUUGAUUCAUUGACAGAGGCACAAAAAACAGCAUACAUAAACAGAAUUUUCGAUGUGAUUUUAUUCGAGCUUGGUAUGUUUAUGCUUAAUUAUGGUUUUGAUCCACUCAAGUUGCCUGAUCAAGUUCAAACAUUCAGUUAUAAACCUUUGCUGGUUAAUUAUACUGGUGUCCUGAAUUUAACAAAAGGUGUUGCUUAUAAUGUUUCGGAUAUUCAACGAAACGGUGACGUACAAAUGAAAUACCUCGAUCGAAUUCUCACCCUGAGUGUUCCGUUAAAGCUAAACAAAAUUCACUUUAAGUAUGAUUACGAUGCGAAAAUAAUGAAUUUGGGACCAAAAGGCGGCGUGGAAGGCAAUGCAGUAAACAUUGAAGUUUUUGCGUCGUUGACAAUAAAUUUUAAAGAAAUGCACAUCACCAUGAAUGAAUGUGCAAACGUAGUGAAAAUUGGUAAAAUAUCAGUGAGUUUCACUGGUAACGCUCCUACGGAUUGGUUAAUCAAUUUAUUAACACCAUUGGUAGUUGUUUUAUUCCGGGGAAUGAUAAACGAUGUUAUCACAGACCAAGUGUGCAAGAACGCAGUCGAGUUAUUUGACGAAAUUAAUGCAUUUUUUAUUAGUUUGAAACCUGAAAGUGUAUAAAUUUUACACAAAUAUUAAUUUUAUCAAUUCAACACAAAAAUAGUUCCAAAUUUAGAACCAAUCAGUGUUUGUAAAUGUUAUCGCCGCCGGUAAUUAUCUAUGUCUCAGGAUCUCAGCAGGUGUGAUUGAAUUUCUAUUAUAUUUCAAUUAAAUGUGAUUGGCGUUCAGAUAAUUCAAGUGUUAUCAAAACACUUGACAAAAUGCAUUUGUUUAAAAGUGUUUGAUGGCAUUAUCUUGUACUUGCGCAAUCUCUGAGGUCGGUGGUUGGAUAUUUUGGAGUGCAUCGUUUAAUAAAUCAAUUACGGUCUCCAAUGUACUGCGCACAAUUACUUCAGCGAUGAGUGUGAUCAGCCCCUUGAAGAUGCCAGUGACAAUCGGUGUGAGGAGAUUGACAAACCAGUCGAUUAUUCCAUUUCCAGUAAAUUUACAUGAAAUUUUUCUGUUUGUGAUUAAAAUUUAAAAAAUGUUUUAUAGAAAAAAUGUGUUAAUCAUUCAUUUUAAACUUACCCGAUUUUAACGAUGUCAAAUUCAUUCAAUGUGAUUACUAAUUGAUUGAAAUCCAAAGCCAAAGAAAAAUAAAUUUGAAUAUCUGUUGCGCUGCCUUCAAUACUACCAUCUGGUCCCAGAUCCAUCAAUUUAGCGUUGUAAUCGUAGUUGAACUAAAUUUAUAAACAUUUAUACAAAUUUUCAAUGAAAACUCAAGAAAAGUUUUGUUUUUUUUUACCAAAAUUUUGUUAAAUUUAAUAGGCACAUUGAUUGUAAGGAUACGACCAGUGUAAUCCAUGUAAACAUUGCCAUUACGGUAGAUUUCGGACACGUCCUGUGCCCAACCGCGUUCCAUGUCCAAUUCACCGUGAUAAGUGAUAAUAAUCGGUUUCUAGAUACACGAAAAGUUAAUUAAGUCUUGCUUAAGUUAUAAUUUGAUAAACAUACGAAAGUGAAGUUUUCAUGAACGUCGGGUAACUUAUAGGGAUCCAAACCUAAAUCGCCCAUUAACAAACGAACUUCAGUGAUGAUGACAUCAGCCAUCUCAUUGACAGAUUCAAUCUUUUCUCGUGGACUCAAUCUAGAUUAUAAAUAAUAACAUUUUGAAUGUUUUGAAUUAUGUUUUUAAUAAUAACUUACGAAUCAAAAGUAUCAGCUGUCACUUUCAAAGCCCGUGCUGAUUUCUCGCCCAAUGGGAGUUGUUGGGGUAGUGCAACAGCAAUGCCCAUGAGGCAUGCUAAGAACACAAAUUUGUUCAACAUUUUACAAAACUAAAUAAUUAUAAAACAAAUUUAAGUUAUAGGUGUCAGGCUCUCCUGAAACUACAAUCAAUUAGAUUCCAAUUCAAUAUUUUAUACGCGUUUCGAAUUUUAUCGCACGCGUGCCAUUGAUAUUACAAUCUAAUCAUUUAAUCAUUUUUUUUUCAAUUUGAAAAUAAAUUAAAGUAUAUUUUUCUGUAUCAUCCAGAACGAUCGAAAAUUUAAAUCCCAAUUAAAUUAAUUAUUCACUUAUUAUUGCUGUUGUGAAGAUUUGUACAAACUAAUUACCAUAAGAUCUAUAAUAUAAAAAAGAAUCGCAAAAUCUGUUGGUAAGCGCAUAACUCAACAACGCAUAGAUAAAUUUGGCCAAUUCUUUUUUAAAAUGUUCGUUAAGGGCCAAGGAUGGUUUUUACGGCGAGAAAAAUCGAAUAAUUGCCGGGAAAACCCUAAAGACAGCCCUUUUCUAUAGGAUAAAAGUUGUCAUUGAGAUUCAGUCAUAGUUAUAGUUAAAUAGUUAUAGUCUGAGCGCCAUCUCAAGUGCUGAAGUGCGUUAUUAUCAAUUCUUUAUAUAAUUAAUUUCUUUAAAAUAAAAUUGCGAAUCUUAUUGAUAGAAUUGACACAUAUCAUGUCUAGAACAAGAGAGUAAAAACGAAUUACAUUUUUAUUAAACACUACCGGGACGAAGUUGCGGGCAAAAGCUAGUUAAAAUAUAUUAUUAUUAAAAUAUAUAUUUAUGUAUCUUCCAGAACGAUCAAAAAUUUAAAUCUUAAUUAAUUUAAUUAUACAUGUAUUUAUGAAUAUGUUUGUUGUUUGUAUAACAAGAUUUGUAUAAACUAAUUACCAUAAGAUCUGCGAAUAACUGCGACGCAGCUAAUUAAAUUAUUCUGAGACAAAUACAUGCAAUCAGUGCAUGCUACAUGUAAUAAAAAAAUUAUAGAAAAUGAAUGUAGUAACCUUCGUUUGGAAAUUGGCAUCAAUAUUUCCAGCGUAGAAAAUGCUACAAAUACUGCGCUAACAAUGGUCAGUUAAUCGCUUCGCAUGCACGAAAUUGUAGUGGAUCUGUUUCACAAAGCCGAUCAACAAGACUAAUUUUGUUUGUUCACAAUUGAUAAGGCUUUAAAUACAACCGUAUUACAGCAUACGAUAAAGAAACUUGUUUUGGCGAUUAGCGGUGCUUUCAUUAUAUCGUUCAGUGUUAAAAAUGCAUUGGUUAACAGUGGUUUGUCUCGGUAUUGUAGGUGUGACAUUGUGUUUUGGAAACAAACAUAAUAUUCAUAAAUUAUUGGAUAAUGCGCAUGAAAUUACCAGUUUUGAUCAAAUCCACCAGGGAGAAUUUGUUGAUUACUUCUCAAAUUUAGUUUUGAAUGAAAUAAGACCUAAAGCUUCUAAAGCAGUACAAUUGCCGGAUGCUUAUAAAGUUGUUCGAUAUGGAGUUAAGUUUGGUAUGAAAACACUGGUACCUAUUACAAUGCAAGAUGGUGUGACGUCUAAGCCAACAUUUGAAUUUGUCAACGCAACGAUUGAGAACCAGUCAGCGAACCAUAUCGCAUUCAAUACACGGGUGUCGUUUGAUAACUUGCGCUUGACUUUCACCGAAUGCAGAUUGAAUAUUUCCGGUACAAGUCAACUAGGAUCUGUAUCAGCUCAUGUCACGAACUUUCAAGGCGUUUUUAGCACUUUAUUGGAUUUCAAGGAUAGCGGUGGGAGAUGGUUAAGAAGAUCAAAGAAAGUCUUUGGCAACGUACGUGAAACAACAAAUCCUAAUGUGGAAUUAGAGUUAAAUGAAGGUUCAAAGGAUUUGUUCGAUAUUUAUUUAAAUAUGGUUGAAGCAGAUGAUUUGAAAGAGGUUUUCAGGCAACAGAUUCGUCAUGUGUUUGAUGUUGUUAUAUUAGAUCACAUUGAUCAGCUGUAUGAGUCGUUGAAAAAUGUCUAUAAUGGCGACAUUGUCACUCAGUAAUGCGUAAACUGUCAUUUUGUAUAUCAUAAACCCAUUUAAAAUGUAAAAAAAUCCUUUGUGUAUUAAAAUACUGAUCAUAUAUCAUUUAAUUUCAAUCACAAUAACAAUAGAAAUGCUAUUUGAAGCAGUUGUAAAGGCACUUGACACCAUGUCCAAGAAAGUCUACCGCUUUGAUGAAGAAGAUUUAGAUCCGCAUGAUGUUCCUGAAUCCAUGGGAAAUAUCAACGCUCUUUCUGGUUUCUUCGACGCGAUGAUCCUGGAAGCUCGUCAAACGAUGAUCGCUGAAAAUCUGGAUCCUAUGGAUAUUCCAGAUGGCGUUCAUAAAGAAUUAAAUGCGUUGAUCAUGUCAGCUACAUUAGACAUCAAUCGUAUAUCCGUGCACAAUUUGAGUAAUCUCGAAAGAAAAAUGCCCUUCCAUUGUGAAUACAAUAAUCGCGUGAUGACGAUUGCGAUUCCGAUCAGUUUUGUUGAUGUUAAAGUCUUUACUGAUUAUAAAAUUAACGCUGGUUAUGUGGUGAUAUCCGAAGGACGAAUUAUGUGCCGUGCGGGUGAUAUAAGUCUUUGUUUGAAGUUCUCGUUUGACUUCAUUCACAGAAAAUUAAUUUUCCGAAACUUUGAUAUACCAGAAUGCGAAAAACUUUCAGUUGUUUUCAAAGGUGAAGGUUUAACAAAAUAUUUGUUAAAUGUAUUAACACCGAUUGUUAUAAUGAGUAUGAAAACUAUUUUGUUAUCAACCAUCAAGGAGAAAGUCAGUGAGCAAAUUACGGAGGGAAUGGAAGUGGUAAAUCGAAUUCUAAAAGAGAUGAACAAAGAGAACAGACAGAAAUAUGCAGCAAAUAAUCCGCAAACGUCUAGGUCUCCUUAAAAUCUGUGCAUUUUUAAUAAGCAAAACGGAUACAUUAACAGUUUUAUUUGUGCUGAUAUUGAUUAAAUCUUGGAAUGUCAUUUAUCACAUUGA